CGAGGUGCAUGCACUGUCAUCAUCUCUGGACCUGAUUUCGAGGUUGGAUGUAGUCGAGAGCAUUUGCCACGUUGAAUUAAUGAAUUCGGAUCCUGUUGUUUCUCUUCACCAAUCUUAAUCGGCCUUAUGAUUCUUAUCUGCGGAAAAACCCUAGUGAAAAUCAUGCUGUGGAGCUGCGGUACACGGAGUUCGAGAAUAAUUCGAACCUGUGAAUUUUUCGAAUGGGCCAAAGACAGCGGCGAAUACGGUUGAAAGAGGAUUCAUUGUUGACCAGGACAAGAAGAUACGCGAGGUUUUAACACGUUUGAUGAUGGUGACGAGCAGGACUUUCCCCCAUUUUCCUUCUCUUCUUUCAUUUUGGAGAUAUUUGCGGAACCUGAUAUUUAAUCUUCUUCUCAGUGCUGAAACUUGAGUGAAUCCAUCGGAACAUUUGAGUUUGACGCAUACAAUAUCAUGGCUAGUGUGGUUAGUUCGUCUUCUGCUGCGAGCAACGCCAACACAAAAAAAGCCAUGGAUCAGUACAACGCAGAUGCAAGGCUAAUGGCGGAUUUUGAGCAGUCUGGUGUAUCAGGUAAGUCUUUUCACUACUCGAAAUCAGUUUCUAAUGCGCUAAGGGCAUCGAGUACGGGAGAGCAAAUGGCUGCUUAUUUAUCGAGAAUGCAGAGGGGUGGUCUUGUGCAGUCCUUCGGAUGUUUGCUUGCAAUUGAAGAGCCUAAUUUUAUAAUUAUAGCUUAUAGUGAGAAUUGCUUCGAUAUGUUGGGUUUGAGGGAUCUUGUUGAACCAAUGGGUCUGAUUGGAAUGGAUGCGAGAACCUUCUUCACUCCUUCUUCCAGGGCUUCAUUAGAACAAGCUAUCAAAGCAAGGGAGAUUUCAUUCUCGAAUCCAAUUGGGGUUCAUUCUAGGACAAAUCAUAGAUCCUUUUAUGCUAUACUUCACAGAAUUGAUGUUGGAACUGUGAUUGAUUUGGAGCCAGCUCAUACGGGUGAUCCUAUAACGCUCCAUGCCGGUGCAGUUCAAUAUCAAAAGUUAGCUGUGAGGGCGAUAUCGAAACUGCAGUCACUUCCUGGGGGUGAUAUAGGAGUUUUGUGCGAUACCGUUGUAGAAGAUGUUCAGAAGCUUACAGGGUAUGAUAGGGUGAUGGUAUAUAAGUUCCAUGAGGAUUAUCAUGGUGAGGUUGUAUCAGAAAUUCGGAGAUCCGAUUUGGAGCCUUAUUUGGGGUUGCAUUACCCUGCAACCGAUAUUCCACAGGCGGCACGGUUCUUGUUCAAGCAAAAUCGUGUUAGGAUGAUCUGCAACUGCAAUGAACAGCCAGUUAAAAUCAUCCAAAAGGAAGAACUAAAGCAGCCUCUUUGCUUAGUGAAUUCUACACUUCGUUCGCCUCAUGAUUGUCAUAAGCUGUACAUGGCCAACAUGGGGUCUAUUGCCUCAAUGGUGAUGGCAGUUGUUAUCAAUAAUGGUGACUCAUCAAAGCUGUGGGGAUUAGUAGCUUGCCACCACUGUUCCCCCCGGUAUCACUCUUUUCCACUUCGUUAUGCUUGUGAGUUCUUGAUGCAGGCAUUCGGCCUGCAGAUUUAUAUGGAGCUUCAAAUGGAAUCACUCCUGGCAGAGAAGAAAGUUCUCCAGGUGCAAACUUUAUUGUGUGACAAGCAUCUGCGCGACAGUCCAUUCGGCCUUGUGACUCAAUCGCCUAAUAUCAUGAAUCUUGUGAGAUGUGAUGGUGCUGCACUAUAUUAUGGUGGAAAGUGUUCAUUGCUCGGUCUCACUCCAACUGAAGCACAAGUUAAAGAUAUAGUUGAAUGGCUACUCCGUAGCCAUGGGGAUUCUUCUGGAUUCAGUACAGAUUGUAUGGCCGAUGCUGGUUAUCCUGGUGCUGCUCUCUUGGGGAACAAAGUCUGUGGUUUGGCCGCUGCUAGAAUCACUCCAUCUGAUUUCCUGUUUUGGUUUAGGUUUCAGGCAGAAAUGGAAAUCAAAUGGGCAGGUGCAAAGCAUCACCCGAAUUUUAAAGAUGACGGUUCCAAAAUGGACCCCAGAUCCUCGUUCAAUGCCUUCGUUGAAGUUGUCAAAAACCGAAGUUUGCCAUGGAAGGAUGUGGAGAUCAAUGCCAUUCAUUCUUUGCAGCUUAUAGUGAGAGAUUCCCUCCAGGAGAUUGAAAAGAAAAGGCACAAAGACAAAGAUGAUGAUGACGAUGAUUCAAAACUGGAAAAAAGUGCUAAUGAUUCAAAACUGGAUAACCUUACUUGUGCAGCGUUUGGGAUGGUGCGGCUAAUUGAAACAGCCAAUGCCCCAAUUUUUGGGGUGGACUUAUCUGGUCAUGUGAAUGGAUGGAAUUCUAAAAUGUGUGACUUGACAGGGUUAGAUGUGUCUACAGCUUUGGGUAAGUCGCUAAUCCAUGAUAUCGUUCACGAGGACUCUAGCGAGGUCGUUGAGGCCAUUCUUGCCAGAGCUCUACAAGGUGAGGAAGACCCAAAUGUGGAAGUCAAGCUGCUGAAGUUUGGGAAAUACAAACCGAGCUCUGUGGUGCACCUUCUGGUGAAUGCAUGUACAAGUCGGGACUAUAAAGACGACAUAACAGGUGUAUGUUUCAUAGGUCAAGAUGUAACUGCUGAGAAAACAGCCAUGGACAAAUUUGCCAAAUUGCAAGGCGAUUAUAAAGCUGUCAUAGAAAGUCAGAAUCCCCUGAUGCCUCCUAUAUUUGCUUCUGAUGAAACUGCCCGUUGUUGCGAAUGGAAUGCAGCCAUGGAGAAAAUGACCGGUUGGGAUAGGCACGAAGUUAUUGGGAAACUGCUGCCGGGUGAUAUUUUUGGGAAUCUCUGUCGUCUGAAAGGCCGGGAUACACUCACUGAAUUCAUGGUUCUUCUGUACCGAGCCCUUGGUGGCCAUGAUAUCCAAAAGCUCGCUUUUGGGUUUUAUGACCGGAGAGGAAAGUUUGUCGAGGCGUACCUAACAGCAAAUAAGAGAGUAGGCAAGGGCGGGAACAUAAUCGGAUGUUUGUGUUUCCUGCAAAUGGUGGUGACUAAUCAAGAGCAGUCGAUAGCCGAGAAGACAGACGUAACAGGGCAGCUCAAAGAGCUAACAUACAUCAAGCAGGAAACUCAAAAUCCAUUGAGUGGAAUACAAUUCACCCGCAAACUCUUGGAAGGUUCAUCGAUUUCAAACGAUCAGAAGCAGUUGCUAGAGACUAGCAAUGCCUGUGAAAAACAGAUACUGUCGAUCAUGAACAGCGCCAAAUUCGGAAGCUUGGAAGAGAGGCAAGUCGAGAUCAAAGCCGAGGAGUUCAUACUAGGAAAUGUCCUCAACGCCGUAAUCAGUCAAUCUUCAAUUUUGAUACGAGAAAAGAACUUGCAGUUAAUCCAUGACAUCCCUGAGGAAAUCAAGGCUCUCAGCCUCUACGGCGACGAGAUGAAGCUUCAGUUAUCCCUGUCCGACUUCUUCUGCAGCGUGGUCGAUUACGCCCCAUCACCGGACAGCUGGGUCGAAAUUAAGGCAUCCGAAGGGAUAAGGUUGAUGCGCGAUGAACAGGAAUUCGUCCAGCUACAAUUCAGAGUGGCUCAUCCUGGACAGGGCCUCCCCUCUGCCAUUAUCGAAGACAUGUUUAGCGUCAAGAAUCAGUGGGUGACACAUGAAGGAAUAGCACUGUACUUCUCCCAGAAACUUAUCAGUUUGAUGAAUGGCAAUGUCAGUUACAUUAGAGAUCGUAGUAAGUGUUACUUCCAGGUUGAUCUUCAGCUCAAGCUGAAGAAAUAACCUCAGUUUGGGGCAGCUCCCACGAUUUCAAUAAAAAAGUUCCGUUUCUGUA